AUGGGUCUGCCGACGCUGGAGUUCAGUGAUUCUUUCGUGGACAGUCCGGAGUUCAGAGAUCGGCUCCAGUGCCAUGAGAUAGAGCUGGAGCGCACCAACAGGUUUAUAAAAGACCUCAUCAAAGAUGGAAACAUGCUCGUAUCCGCACUCAGAAGUCUUUCUCUUGCUGUUCAACGGUUCUCUCAGUCUCUACAGGAGUUCCAGUUUGAAUGUAUUGGAGAUGCUGAGACUGAUGAUGAGAUCAGUAUAGCUCAGUCCUUAAAGGAAUUCUCUCAGCUAUUGAGCACCAUGGAGGAGGAGAGAAAACGACUGAUCCAGAACGCUGAUGAUGUAUUGAUCUCACCACUCGAGAGGUUUCGUAAGGAGCAGAUUGGAGCUGUUAAGGAGGGUAAGAAGCAGUUUGACAAGGAGACAGAGAGGUACUACUCUGUCCUGGAGAAACACCUCAGCCUGUCCUCCAAAAAGAAGGAGUCGCAGCUGCACGAGGCUGAUUCACAGAUGAGUAAGGACAGGCAGGUUUUUUAUGAUGCAUCGCUGCAGUAUGUCUUCAAGAUUCAAGAGGUGCAGGAGAGAAAGAAGUUUGAAUUUGUGGAGCCGUUAUUAGCCUUCCUGCAGGGUUUGUUUACAUUCUACCAUGAGGGCUACGAGCUGGCCAGCGAGUUCGAACCCUAUAAGCAGCAGCUUCAGUUCAACCUGCAGAAUGCUCGCAAUAACUUUGAAAGUACGCGUGCUGAAGUUGAGAGGCUGAUGAAGAGGAUCCGUUCUGCAGAGGAAGACUUCAAAGCCCCCAGUUGCUUUACCAUGGAGGGAUAUCUGUACAUACAGGAGAAACGUCCAUUGGGCAGUGUGUGGACUAGAUACUACUGUACGUAUGAAAAAAGCUCCAAGAUGUUCACCAUGAGCAACACGGAGUCCAGACCAGCUAGUAGACAGAACGGCGUGGUGAAUGGUGCACCUGAGAUGUUCAGGCUGCGCUCGUGUGUCAGAAGGAAGAGGGAUUCAAUCGACAAACGCUUCUGCUUCGACAUCGAGGUGGUGGAGAGACAUGGCGUCAUCACUCUGCAGGCGCUCUCUGAGGCCAACAGGCGGCUGUGGAUGGAGGCAAUGGAUGGAAAAGAACCUAUUUACACUCUGCCUUCUUUGCUCAGUAAAAAGGAAGAGACAUUUCUCAAUGAGCCAGGCCUCAACUUUGUUAAGAGGUGUAUUGAGCUGGUUGAAACAAGAGGCAUUACCACCCUGGGACUGUACAGGAUUGGAGGAGUUAACUCUAAAGUGCAGCGGUUGAUGACAAGUGUGUUUGCAUCCACAGCUCCCUCUGACGUACAGCUGGACGCAGAUGCCUGGGACAACAAGACCAUCACCAGUGGCCUAAAGAAUUAUUUCAGGUGUCUGGCAGAACCGCUACUGACCUACAGACUGCAUAAAGAAUUCAUCAAGGCUGCAAAGUAUGAUGACCAGAAGUACAGAGUGAGAGCGAUUCAUGCUCUUGUACAUAAACUACCAGAAAAAAACAGAGCAAUGUUGGACCUCUUAACCAACCACCUCCACAAUGUGUCCUCUCACAGCGAUCAGAACCUGAUGACUGUGUCCAACCUGGGGAUGAUCUUCGGCCCCACAUUGAUGAGGUCACAGGAAGAGACGGUGGCGGCCAUGAUGAACAUCAAGUUUCAGAACAUUGUAGUGGAGAUAAUCAUUGAAAAUCACCACAAGAUUUUUGGUGAGGCCCCAGACCUGUCAGUGCCGCUACCUCAGGCUCCGUCCUCUCGGUCGACUCCUCGUAGGAACAAGGCCAUCUGUCUAUCAUCGGGAAAGAGGAGGGCUCGUCUCUACCCUCCGGCUCUUUGUCUGGCAGACAAUGACAGUGACACAUUCAGCAGCAGCUCCAGCACGACUCCGAUGGGCAGCCAGGAAUCUCUGUCCUCACACUCCUCUGAAAAGAACGGAUUGUCUCAGGUCUCUCCUCCGUCCUCUCCCGCUGCCGAGCCCAGCUUGUCCUCCACAGCACAGGUGUCUCCUUCCGCGUCUUCCUCCUGCUCCACGUCUCACAACUCGCCGAACAGGAAGGAUCAGAAACACCCGACAGACAGCGCCUCUUCCCCUCACCUCAUGCCGUCCUCUUCCUGGACUUCCUCCCAGCUCACUCCGGCCCAGCAGACUUCCUCUGUGUCCUCCUCCACGUCCUCUUUACUCUCUGCAGAGAGGACUCUGUCCGUCAAAGGAAACUCGACUGCCUCCUUGUCAUCAGUAAAAGAGUCAGGAUCUCCCUCCGUAGCCUCCUCGUCCACCGCCUCUAUCCAGGACUCUUCAGUGGAACGUGCCUCCUCUCUCAGGGAGGGUCGACCUGUGCAGAGAGUGUCGUCCGUCUCCUCGCUGAAGAGCACUCAUUCGGUGGAUCAAAAAAAUGCCUCCUCCUCUGUCACAGAAACCAGAGUGACGGACUCUACCUCUCCCCCUCAGCAGCACAGAAAAACGUACAGGACUGCCUCCUCCUCGUCUUCCUCCUCCUCUUCAUUAUUUCCUUACCAGCUUUCCACGUCUUCCUCUCUCACCUCUCUACACAUCUCUGAAGAUUACAAAAGCUGCCAUGGAUCGGUGCGGAGUCUCAUGUCGCUGGACACACAAGAGGCAACACACAAGCGUAAAACCUCACACGUCCGCUGCAGCUCUGAUCUGAACGCCAAACACUCUGCAGCCACAACAGCCAGCAAUGGUUACCAGAAGCCUGGAUCAGUAUUAUCAGUCAGACUGCAGCAGCGUGAGAGCUCAGUAUUCUCCUCAGCAUUAGACAUUUGUUCCUCAGGAAAGGAAGCAAAGGCUCUUUACUCCUGUGAGGCAGAGCACAGUCAUGAGCUCAGUUUUCCACAGGGGGCGCUGUUCUCAAAUGUGUACCCGUCUGUGGAACCAGGUUGGCUUCAGGCGACGUACAACGGCAAAACAGGCCUCAUACCUGAAAACUACAUCACAUACAUGUGACACACCUGAUGAUGUCACCACCACAUCACAGAAUAACACACAGAUGAAACUUUAGGGAUCUACAGUGCAGUAAUACAGUAAUACUAAAAGAUACAAUAUAUUUAUCAUGUAACUGUGACUGUUAUCACUGAACUACUGGGGCUGGAUAUGAAUGAUGUAUGUACUGUAUAUCUGACUACUAUAUGUGAACCAUGUUAUGUGUUAGUAACCAGUUUAUAGUACAGUAGAUGUUGAAAUCUGACUUUUCAUCCAUUCAUAUGUGAUGGUUUCACUUAAUCAACGUUAUCAGCUCCUCUUUUAUGUUUGUGUCCAGUGGUCUUCCUGCACGUCUGAGGAUGCUAUAAAUACAUAAAAUGUGUCUGCGACGUACGUUGAAACAGUAUUUUUCUAUCAAUCUUGGUAAUUUAUGUGUUUGUAAAUGAUCAUAUUGAUGUUAUAGCUGUGUGUCCUGAACAGUAUGAACUGGUUGUCUUAAGACUGAAUCCUACCAUAACAUUUUCCCUCUUCUGUCUGUCAGUUUUCAUGCUGUCUAAAUAAACCUUAACCUUACCUUACCUUA